AUGAAAGAAACAAUUGUUUUAUGGAUCCCAAUAGAUACAAAUGUCAAUGCUAAAGACUAUCAAAUUCCAACUAUUGAAAAUCAAAAGGAUACAUUGAUGAGAUUAAUUGCACCAGCAGCAGAGGAUGAUGAAGAAUUAGCCAAUAUUAAUGACUAUGAUCAUGGCAACAACUAUGGAGGAAGAGGAAGACAACAAGAAACGCCCGAUCCAAUGGAAAAACUCAUUUCAAAAAGAUUCAAAGAGUUUGUAUCACCAUGGAUUGACGUAAUGAGCUUUUCACACAAUGUGUCUUCUGGGUCAAUCAAGAAAAGAAAACGUGUUGGUAAAUUGAUGUGUUCCAAAUAUACUUGUGAUCGAUCACCAAACUUUAAUUACAUGGCAAUGCGUGAUGAAAUCAUUCCACAUGUCAUCUUUCGUGUCAUUGGAAAGAUAUCAAAUCGCGUCCUACCAAUCAUUGAAUAUGAAAUGCAUGAUGUACAGAUCACCGAUGUAUCAACUAAUGGUGGUUCAGGUAGAAAACAUAUCGAAACAAUAUCAUUAAAUGCAAAGAUUAUCAUCAACAAGAAUAUUAGAUUGAAUUUGGAAACUGGUGAAUUUGAAACGUAUCAAGUUUCCAAGUGGGAUCAAUUGAAGGGAACUGGAUCAAAGACACUCUAUUCGAACAAAUCUGGUGCCAAAGGAACUAGUAAGACACUAUUGGAAAUUGCAAAGAAGAGAUUGAUGUUGGAUUUGGCUUCACAUGACCCUUCAACUGUUGCACUCCUCAAAGAGAUGGGAAUUGUCACUGAAUAUGAAUUACCACAAGUCAUUAAAGUUAGUGAAGAUGAAUUUGCCGACUACUGCAAAGUUUUAACGAAUAGAGAACCAGAACUCUAUCAAACUUUCAAGAUUCCAAAGCCACAGACCAUUGAAAACUAUAAGAAAACUAUUGCAGAGACUCUAUCAAUUCCAGUGGAUACGAUCAAGACCUUAUAUUGCGUAACAAGUGGUGUUCCGAUAACCGAAGAAAAGUUUUUAAAACCAGCAAAUUCCUUUGUUGUACAAAAACCAGAUGGAAAGUUCAUAGGAUACAAACGUCUAGAAAAAGAAUUCCAGACAUUUUUCUAA